AUGUAUCUUUAUUCUUUCAACCUCACUUCUUCCUGCUUGAAAUCCAUAAAAUCUUUCUCGCAGAGACUAUGGAACUUCUCAACUGGAAAGUUCUUGAAAACCUACACAGGCCAUGAGAAUUCGAAGUACUGCAUCCCUGCAAGUUUCUCUGUGACAAAUGGCAAGUACAUCGUCAGCGGUUCGGAGGACAACUCCAUCUACCUUUGGGAUCUACAAACAAGAAAGAUUGUCCAGAAACUCGAAGGCCACACUGAUACCGUCAUCGCAGUUUCCUGUCAUCCGUCAAAAAAUAUGAUCGCAUCUGGCGCUCUAACAAACGAUCGAACGGUGAAGAUCCAUGGAUUCAGAAGCAGUAGCUGGACGCUGGCUUUCGGAGACAACAGUAAGUGGGAACUGAGCUCACUGGACCAUCUCCUAUGGGAUGACUUGGAUAAAACGCUCUCAUCUGAGAGCUUUUCCUUGAACCUUACUGCUACAAGCAAAGCACACAGCUGCGGCUCAUCCAUCGACUCCUGUGGAGCCAUGGCGGCCACUGAAAGCUCGAAGAAGGUCCCGAAAACAUCGUCAGUGAGCAUGCUCUCUUUCGGAAGAGAGACGUCGGAGCUGUACAAGGACCUGGUUAUAGGAGCUGCGAAUCCAUCGAUUGGCUUGAAGAGAAGCUAUGAAGCCAUGGCGGCUGCUUCGCAGGGGAAGAAGAAGGAAGCAGGGGUCUUGGUGCAGAGGCCUAAUUCUUCACACAACCAGGAUCAUAUUUUAGCUGAGAGGAAGAGGAGGGAGAAGUUGAGCCAGAGAUUUAUAGCUCUUUCAGCCAUUGUUCCUGGCCUCAAGAAGAUGGACAAAGCAUCAGUGUUAGGGGAUGCAAUAAAGUACCUAAAAACACUACAAGACAAAGUAAGAACUCUAGAGGAGCAAGCAGCCAAGAGAACAGUUGAGACUGCUGUUCUCGUGAAGAAAUCUCACAUCUCUGCCGAAGAAGAAAACGAGGCUUCUUCCUCCGAUGAGAACUUCGCCGGAGAUGGAUCUCGGCUGCCUGAGAUUGAAGUUAAGCUCUCAGGAAAGUCAUUGCUGAUCAAAAUCCACUGCGAGAAUAUAAGGGGAGUGCUGGUUCGAGCGCUUUUAGAGAUCCAAAAACUUCAACUUGCGUUGGUGAGCGUCAGUUCGGUGGCUUUUGCGGCGUCGUCUCUUGAUAUCACAGUGAUGGCUCAGAUUGAGGAUGGGUUUUCUAUGACAGUGAAGGAUCUGGUGAGGAAGUUAAGUUCAGCCUUCAGACUGUUCGAUUGA